AUGACUAAUAAGUCAUCCUGUUUAGUUUCGGCAAUCUUCUCUGUUCUCCUAGUUCAGCUUCUCUUCUCUCCCUCCAGUUCAUUGCAGCCACUCGCCUUUGACGAUUCAUCAGUCUACGAGACAUUUCUUCAGUGCCUUGAAUCUUACUUAAGCCCACAUGACCAAAUCUCAAACCUCGUCUUCACCUCAACCAAUUCCUCCUACACCUCAGUCUUACAAGCCUACAAGCGGAACGCCAGGUUCAAUUCUGACCUCAAACCUCUAAUCAUCGUCACGCCUACAAGCAUCCCCCACGUCCAGUACGCCGUGCUCUGCACAAGAAGGAUCGGUUACCGGCUGAGAAUCCGCAGCGGCGGCCAUGAUUUCGAGGGGCUUUCCUACGUCUCCGAUUCACCAUUCUUCCUCAUCGACAUGUCCAAUCUGCGUUCGAUUGAGGUCAAUAUCGAGACGAAUUCGGCCUGGGUUCAGUCUGGUGCUAUUCUAGGCGAAGUCUACUACGCAAUCUGGGAAAAGAGUAAAGUUCACGGCUUUCCCGCCGGCGUAUGCCCCACGGUGGCAGUCGGCGGUCACUUCAGCGGCGGUGGGUACGGCAACAUGAUGAGGAAGUUCGGGUUGUCGGUGGACCACAUCGUUGAUGCUCAGAUCGUCGAUGCGAACGGAGACCUUCUCGAUCGGAAAUCCAUGGGGGAAGGCCUCUUCUGGGCGAUCCGCGGUGGCGGCGGAGCCAGUUUUGGCAUCGUCAUUUCUUAUAAGAUCGAGCUUGUCGAGGUCCCAGAAACCGUCACCGUUUUCCAGGUGGAGAGCAAUCCCGAUGAGGGUUUGGCGGAUUUUGUCUACCGGUGGCAGGUUGUUGCUCCGACCACUAGCAAUGAUCUGUUCAUGAGGCUGCACUUCUCUCACCCUAUAACAACGCAAUUGGAACAGGGGAGCAAUGGUACUGCCUCCUUUCAGGUGUCCAUUCAGGCACUGUACCUGGGGAAAGCUGAUGAUGUGGUUUCCUUAUUGAGCAAGGAUUUCCCUGAACUGGGUCUGAAGAGGCAGGAUUGUACGGAAAUGAGCUGGAUUGAGUCGGUGUUGUGGUAUGCAAGUCUGAACUAUCGGAGUUCUCCAAAGGUACUGCUCGAUAGGAAAGUGGUUCGAUCCCCCAACGACACGAAUUCGGCCAAGAGGAAAUCGGAUUUCGUGGUGAAUCCGGUGAGCAGAGAAGGGUUAGGCGACAUUUUGAAGCGGGUGGCUGGGCAAUUGCAAUUCAGCAUGGCGUUUAGUCCACACGGUGGAGAAAUGAGCGAGAUUCCGGCUUCGAGCAGUCCAUUUCCACAUCGAGCUGGGAACUUGUACAAGAUCGAGUACGUGGGGAACUGGAACGAAGCAGGGGAGAAGGCUGAGAGAGCUGUGAUGACCCAGUUGAGAAGGAUGUACAGUUUUAUGGCUCCGUUGGUGUCGAAGAACCCCAGAAGAGCGUAUUUGAACUACAGGGAUCUUGAUAUUGGGAAGAUGAGUCAUGGCAAAGGAUACCGUAGCUAUGAAGAAGGGAAAGUGUAUGGGAUGAAGUACUUCCAUGGGAAUUUUGAUAGAUUGGUGAAGGUGAAAACUGAAGUUGACCCUGCUAACUUCUUUAGGGAUGAGCAGAGCAUUCCAACUCUUCCCAUGAAGCUUUGA